UUGUUUGAUUCCAGUGAUUUUUAUCGGGCAGCCGGAGAAAACUGAAGUAACACCAGCACUGUUUGUUUGUUUGUUUGUUUUUGUCACAUAUUUGUUUCUAAAUUUGUAACUACGUUUAUGUGAAACCGAAAUGCACUCGGUCACCGUGUCGAUACCGUCAUUUCGUUCAGAAAACAACACGAUGGAGAAAGGAUUUACGGUCUUUAAAAUUGAGGUGGUGUUGAAUGGCAGACAGCACACAGUGGAGAAACGCUACAGAGAAUUCCAUGCUUUGCAUAAAAUGCUAAAGAAGAGCAUAAAGCCGCCUGAGAUUCCUUCAAAACACGUUAGAAACUGGGUUCCUAAAGUCCUGGAGCAGCGGCGGCACGGACUGGAACAAUAUCUACAAACGAUAAUUAUGGAGAAUGAGGUUCUUCCAAAGAUAUUUCUGGAUUUCCUGAAUAUCCGCCAUUUUCCUUCAGUGCCUAAAACAGAAAGCUGUGGGUCUUUUGAUACAGAAUCUGAGGGAUCAAGUAAACUUUCACACCAGCCCGUCAUGCUGUUUCUGAGAGACCCGUUUCUGCUGCCAUCUGCACACGAUACAUUUUCAAAUGUUGUUAUCGAAGGCGUGAUUCACGGCGUGUUCUAUCCAGAUCUUCAGCCGAGGUAGAGCCGCAGAGCGGACACGUCAGGAAGGCUGCAACAGUUCAGUACAUUCUGAACCUUUCAAGCAUAAACACGUUUUCUGAACUUGAUGCUGAAAAAAAAAUGUGUUAAAAAGUAAACUCCGUAUCACUCAGAAAAACAAAAUAACACCGGUACUACAUUUUGUUGUAAAAAUGUCCAGCUAUGUCUCAUAUUUCAGUUGAGUUGUUUAAAUCUUGUAAGAAAUUUAGAGUUAGGACAGGAUGUGAAAAGGGGUUAAUUUACCUAAAGUGCUUAGUUAUAUUGCAAUAAAAAUGAGCAAAAAUCAUUUGCCUUCUUUUUGAAGGCUGUGAAUUCCAGGCGUACAAAAUGAGCUUGAAAUAGACAUAAGCUGCUGAUGAAAUAAUAACUUUGCCCUGAGAGAGAUGAGUUUUUACAACAUGCCAGAAGAUUGUGAAUGAGUUUGGUUAGAAGGACACCUCUCCCAAAUGAGACAAGAAGCACACGUGGAAUGUGAAAUGUCAAAAUGCACCCAGUUAAAAAAUAGCUCCCUCAAAGAGUUUAAAUACCGAAAGCCGACUGUAAAUGGUAUGAAACAACCAUACUCACUGUUCACUUUAAUACACAGGAAGUGUACCUAAUAAAGCGUCCAGUUAGCAUCUAGUCUGGCUCAUAAGUAUUUGGACAACAGCGCAUUCUUGGAGUUUAGCCUCUGUACACCACCACAAGCAAGAUGUGCCUGUCUGUAGCAGUGUAACAAAAAUAUGCACUAACUAUUUAGGAAUUAUGGCCACUUUUACACACACUUUGUUCAUAUUCAGAGCUCAUAAGUAAUUGAAGAAACUGAAUAUCAGGAUUAUUUUUCUUAUAAUCUUGUAUAAAUUUUUACAGCCAGUUUUCUUUUGGAAUAUCAGGAAGUGGAUACAACAAAGGCUUUACUAAUUAUAUUUUGGACUUCAGUUAUAUUCAUCAUUAAGAAAUGCAAACAGCAUGCUGCUGUACCGUAAAUCUCUCUAGAGUAGGCAUUUCUCAAAAUCUGAGUGCCUGUGCAAGGAGCAGGCUAGUGAGGGAAGCCACCAAGACACCUAUGAUUGGAGAAACUGGGGACAGUGAAGCGCAUGCCUGUUGCAUCACCAGUCAGAGCUUUAUUGUGGAGCAGAGCAGAGGAUUUCAGUCUAAGAAAAUAGAUCAAAUGUAGGCUCAAAUGCUUUAUGUGGCAUCUGGUAUAAAGUACCUGGAAUAUCACCUUCAGAGUUUUCUGUGUGUCUUGGUAGCUUCCCUCACUAUUCCACUGCUUGCAUAGCCCGUUUUUUUGAGAAUAUUCCAACUCUUACGUAGUGGUGUACAGAUGCAAAAUUACAAAAAUUGUUGCUUGUGAACCUGACAGCAACACUAGGGGCAUAUUUUAUUUAUAUAUAUAUUCUAUCGUCCAUAAACAUUUUUUAUUUAUUGUACAUUAAUGUGUAAGAAAAAUGAUGCUGUGAUUAUUUAAUAUUGACAUUUUCCUCCAUCUGUGCCGUCAUGUCAGAGUAACUGGUUCUCAGCGUAGGGGAAUUCUAUGCCAACCAAAUUACAAGAGCAAAUUUUUCUUGGUGAAUUUUAACAAGGAUAGGUUUUGCUUUCAUUGUAAUUCUGUUACCAAUAUCAAUUUUCAAGUAUUGGUGCAUCGCACUCUUUCAAAUAGGCUGGAAAAGUAAUGUGCGGAGUUGACUUUAGUGUAGCAUGAAGUUCCUAAUAACAGGAGAGCUUUUGUGCGCCUCAGGCUGGAGGGGAGCCAACAGGAAGCUGUCGCUUAAUUUACACUAGUCGGAAUGAAGUUUUGUUUUUGUGGGUGUUUGAGAUUCUGGUUGACGUAUGAAUUGUUUGAAUUUAUGCCAGAUAUGAUUAGAAUGUAACGAGUACUUGGGCUUGGCUGGGAAUAGUUUGGAUUACUGGGUGUGGCAGCGAUUUAUUCGUCAGUGUUUAGUAAACUGUGCUGGGCACUGAAGGGGGGGGGGGGCGCUCAACUUGGUUUAGAGCUGCAUCCACUUUAGUUUUUGAGUGGAAAACCAGCUGGAGGUCUGGCACAACCUAAGAAUGAGGACGCACGGGUUUAAGUAGGGGUGCUGCGUCAGAGGAUUAGUAUGAAUUCCAGUGAAAUCCCCUUUUAAUUUAUGCUUCCUUGUUUCCUUCACUUGCAUGCGCACAAAUAUAAUUUUGCAGUAGU